AUGCUUUCUGGGAUAACACUGGGAGCAGGAGGGUAUGUGCCCGACUUCAUUGAGAAUUCCUCUGUGUUGGAUUCUACUUCUGGUGUUGGAAAAUGUUCUGCUGCUCAGGAAUCUCCUGAGAUGUAUUGCAUGAGAAAUGGUGUUACAUCAAAGAGGUUGGAUGAUCGAGAGCUCCCAGGGGCUCAUGCAGCAGCUGAUACUUUUGAGCCUUUUGCCAUAGAUGGUUUGUCAUCAAGAUAUGAGCAAGAAACCGCGGGAUUUGAUAGUCAUGAGGAGGCAGCUCUACUGAGGAAUGAUGAAGAAGAAGACGGCUUUGUAAAUGGUUUUGGAGAUGAAGGAACAGUAUGGUCUAAACUUAACGACUCUUUAAUUACAAGUCCUGAUGUGACUUGUCCCUCUCCUUAUGAGAGUAGCAAGGUUACAAGUGAAGUACAUGAGGAAAAUAAGACUCCAAGAGGGGCAAGGAGCUGUAAAAGAGCAUCCAGCAACAAAGUGUUGCUCAACUUUAGCUCUCUGCAGUUCAAUCGAAGGAAAAGAACUGUGCGCAAACAGGCUCGCUCUACUGUAUGGGGUUUACUCGGAAGUGAUGCACCAACUUUAGAUCAGAACGUCACACUCAAUAUUCAUCCAGAAAAGCCUAAAAGGUCAAGAAAAUCAAGAGUUGCAGACAAAGGGAAGCAAGGAAAGAGUGGGAAUCAUAGUUCCGUAAAGUUAACUAAGGAACGAUGCAUCCCAACUGGCCCAAUCUCGUUGAAGGUCAAAUUUGGCAAAGAAAUCCUUAGCACUUUGAAGGUUAUGCCAAUAAGUGGCAGCACAGAGGAAGACUCGGAAGCUGAGAAAGAUUCCUUUGAUCCAUCCAAGACCAUUGAGGAUUUGUCCCAGGAACAGAUACCUGGAAUAAUGACUGCCCAGUCUUGUGUUGGAUAUUUAGAGAAAGCAUCAGAGAUGCAUCUUGCAAAUGCAGAAAGUAUUGGGGCCAACAUAGAUACUCCUAAUGAUCUUGAGGUAUCUCCGUUAGGGGUGGAGGAUGAUAAGGAGGUAGUGACAAUUGAAAGCAGAGUUUCAGAUUUAGGAACUUCACCCGAUUCCGAAGUCAUAAAUCCUACCCCAGACGCAGAUAUCAGUGAAAAGGAUCCUGAAAUCCUGUGUCAUGCCCUGAAUUCAACCACUUCAUACUUAGGCUCUGACAAUGACGUUACUUUUACGAAAAUAUGCAAGAAUGAUGGUGAAGAGAAGAGGAAAAAUUUUCACGAACAAACUGGUAAUGAUUGUGUGAGCGAUGAAGUUCCUAGUCCUGAAAAUUUAACCAAUAUUGUCGGAUCACCAAAAUCAGGGCAGGAAGAUAUAGUUGGUGAUGUUUCAUACUACAGUGCUGCUUCUACUUCAACGUCUGAAAGUGCAUCUCUUAACACAUUGCCUAUGGAAGGAUCUUUGGAAAAUCCUGUGCCUUGUUCCAGCAUGACAGAAUUAGCAAUUUCUAGUGAUGCAGCCAAAGAUGGAAGUCUGACUGAAGCCAAUCUUUCUCCCAAAUUUGCUGUUAAGCAGGAGUUGGUUAAGUCAAAUAAAUGUGGAACAUUGCUUUCUUGCUCAAAAGGGAAAAAAUUGCCCAAAAGUUCUAGUGUAAGAAAAGAAAAGAAGAGCAGUUCUGGAGCUCCUAAUCCAUCAAGCAAUAGAGGUAAAGCCACUAAAACAAAGAGCAAGAAAGAAAAAUCUUCGGGUAAGCAAAGUAGGAAGAACAAGAAAGAUUUCGAUGAGAUUCUGCAUGAAAUGGGAAACAGGGCUGAAACAGGUUUUAAUGCAAUAUCUGGUAUGGAAGAGCUUAGAGAAGCUGGUGGCAGAAGUGAAAGUGUAGUUGACAUUUCCAAGAAAAACACUGCAAGCCCUGAGGUUAUACAGCAAUUCAUAUCACCCAGCGCUUGGGUAAGCUGCGAUGAUUGUGGGAAAUGGAGGCGUAUUCCUGUUGCACUUGCAGAUCAGAUAAAUGAAACUAAAUGUAGAUGGAUUUGCAAGGAUAAUAUGGAUGAAGGUUUUGCUGAUUGCUCGAUUCCGCAAGAGAAGUCCAAUGCUGACAUUAAUGCUGAGCUUGAUAUAUCUGAUGCCUCUUGUGAGGAAGAUGAGUGUGAUUUGCCCUUGGAUUCUAGUCAAUCAAAGCAGAAGCAGUUGACUGUAACUCAACAGUCACCUUGGACACUUAUUAAGUCAAACUUAUUCCUUCAUCGCCGCCGUAAGAAUCAGCCAAUUGAUGAGAUAAUGGUAUGCCAUUGCAAACCACCUUCUGAUGGCCAAGCAGGUUGUGGAGAUGGAUGCCUUAACCGAAUGCUUAAUAUUGAAUGCAUAAAUGGAACCUGUCCUUGCGGUGACUCUUGUUCAAAUCAAAAGUUCCAGAAGCGCAGGUAUGCUAAGCUGAAGUCCAUUAAAUGUGGGAAAAAAGGAUAUGGUUUGCAGUUGCUUGAAGAUGUUUCUGAAGGGAAGUUUCUUAUAGAAUAUGUUGGAGAGGUUCUUGAUAUGCAUGCCUACGAGUCACGGCAAAAGGAAUAUGCUUUGAAAGGUCAUAGACAUUUUUACUUUAUGACGCUCAAUGGAAGUGAGGUAAUUGAUGCAAGUGCCAAAGGAAAUUUGGGCCGCUUUAUAAAUCAUAGUUGUGAACCGAAUUGCCGGACGGAAAAGUGGAUGGUGAAUGGAGAAGUUUGUGUUGGGAUCUUUGCUUUGAGAGAUAUAAAAAAGGGUGAAGAGGUGACUUUUGAUUACAAUUAUGUUCGAGUCUUUGGGGCUGCUGCGAAGAAAUGUGUAUGUGGUUCGUCACAGUGUCGAGGUUAUAUUGGGGGUGAUCCAGAAAAUGCGGAAGAAAUUGUUCAGGGUGACUCAGAUGAAGAAUAUCCAGAACCUGUUAUGGUAAGAGGAAACGGUAAUAUAAACCGGAAUCCGAGCAAAACAAUAUCCAGGACAAAGUUCCUGAAUGGCAAAGAAAUCAGACCUGAAAAGGAUGUUGCUGAAGCUGAUGGUCAGAUGGAUAGAGCUCUACCUGUUACUAAAGAUCUGAAUGUUUCCCCAGAAGAACAUGCUAGAGUAUCAUCGGGUGAAGAUAAAAUCUUUAUUGAAGGUUCGACAACUGCUAUGAUGUCCUCAGAGAAUACAAAGGAGAUUAGAGUCUCAAACAGAAGUUCAGGACUGCACGCUGUCAUUCAACUUGGAGAAAUUCCCUCACCAUCCGAUGAUAUAACAAGUGAAAAUACGUCUCCAGCUCCCGAAGAGUGCUCUGUGACAGAAAAAAGUAUAUCCAAACAAGGAUCAGAUGGAGAUUCACUUUAUAAAUUAUCGGAUGGAAUUGAUCUCUUGAAAGGAUCAAAAUCUAGUGUUGGGGAAGACCGAAUAGUGACCUUAAAGUCCCAUACUUGCACACACAUUUCGAAGAAAUCAACUUCAGUCAAGAAGAAAAAGGCUAAAACUGAUGUCGUGGAUGUUCAAAAAGCUCCAGAAAUAGUCAACAAAGUGCACACACUACCAUUUAGUCCUAAAAGGCUACUGGAAGCUAUAUCUAGUGGCCGUUUCGAAGCAGUUCAAGAGAAACUCAACCAGUUGCUUGAUAAAGAUGGGGGAAUAAGCAAGCGAAAAGACGCAUCAAGAGGAUAUUUGAAACUGUUGCUUUUAACUGCUACUUCGGAUGCUGGUGGCCAUGGUCAAGCAAUUCAGAGUAAUAGAGAUCUUUCCAUGAUCCUGGAUGCUCUCUUAAAGACAAAAUCCAAGACAGUUUUGGUUGAUGUAAUUAACAAAAAUGGCUUGCAGAUGUUACACAAUAUUAUGAAACGGUCUCGAAAGGAGUUUACUAAGAUACCAGUUCUCCGUAAGCUUCUCAAGGUGUUAGAGUAUAUGGCGUCAAGGGAGAUAAUUACAUCUGAACAUAUAAAUUGGGGUCCACGUUGUCCUGGAGUAGAGAGUUUUGUAGACUCGAUGUUGAAGUUGACCGAGCACUCUGAUAGACAGGUCCAUCAAAUUGCUCGAAGCUUCCGAGAUAGAUGGAUUCCUCGGUGUUUUAGAAAAUAUGUUGGCACAAACCGGGAUGAUUCAUGGAUGGAAUUUCACCGUGGUUCAAGCCAUGACCGGACAUCAGCCGUGCAUCCUAACUGGACUGAUUCUGCUCUAGGACCGUCAGAACCCAGUGAUUGUGUUGCAAAACCUCCUGUUGCAAUGAGUAAUUUUGAUACUAAAAUGCCAGAAGACUCCCCUGAAUCACGAAGUAAACGUAAGCGCAAGAGUCGGUGGGACGAGCCAUCCAAGGAAAUCUCUCCUCUGGGACCUGAAACAAACGGUUGUGAUGGAGCACAAAUGGAUGAGGAUCUUCCUCCUGGAUUUUGUUCCCCAGCGAAACGCCCACUGCGUGAACCUGAUGCUUAUUCAGAUGACAAUGAUCAUGUUUAUGAAAGAAUCGGUUGCGCAAAUCACCCUGGUGGUGUAGCAAUUGGACAUGUACAGCAAAGAUUUAUUUCCCGCUUCCCUGUUGCUUAUGGAGUGCCUAUGCCAGUUGUUGAGAAGUUUGGAAUUCAUGAAAGUGAAAUGUCUGAAAAUUGGAUUGUUGCUCCAGGUAUGCCUUUCCAACCUUUUCCACCAUUACCUCCAUAUCCACGCGACCGGAGUAAGUAUCAAGAAAUGGGCCAAGUUGUCCAAAAACCAGAACAGGAUUCUCAUAGUCAGGUAUCUCUUGACUUUCAUAACCAUCCAACAACAUUCGGGUCAGCAGUGGGAAUGGAUCUGGAUGGCUCAGAUCAAUCCGAUGUUCGGCGAGUUAGGGUUUCUGAUAAUUUGUCAAGGAAGUACUUUAGGCAACAAAAGUGGAACAAGGAAAUUACUGGAGGGCGUCGGAAUUGGAGGAAAGAUGAUUGGGGACCUACCUAA